AUGGCUACUACCCUCAUCUUCCUUCUACCACGGGACCCGCCAUCGCCUCCACCCUCGAUAUGCAUCCUUACAAUCACCAUCACGACCAUUUUCUUCUCUUACGUCCUUUUCUCCCUACCAUUCCCCACCAAUCUUUUUCUCCCUCUUUCCGUUCUCCCACCCCCAACAGCCAGCAUUUUGGUCUGCAUCAUCGCAUCCUCAACACCGCAGCCACCCUCAGCACUACACAGGUCGGCAUGUGUCGCUUCACCUACCCUUCAUCCUCCCAGAAAAAGCAGUUGCGGUGGCAGCAGCAUCCACAACCAAAUCACAAACAGCAGCAGCAUCCUCACAGAAAAAGAUGAGGGGCAGGGUGAAGCUGUGACGUGGGUAGGUCUCAAUGUGUGGGUGGGUAUGGACCGAGAUGCCUCCUCUUGCAACCCAACCAUCUUUCUUGCUUUUCCCCACGUCACCUGUCACCCUGUGCGUCCAGGCUCAGCAGAGCUUUUACUUCUUACCUAUCCAGCUUCUUACUUUCCUCUCAGACUCCAUCUUGUUUAA